AUGACUACGACACUGUUGACAAGCCUUGCCAACGCUCUCGUUGAUAUAUUCGGUAAAGAAGUGGAUGGCUCCGCACUUAACACACUGUUACUGCAGUGGACGACAGACUUGCGUGACUGGUUCCGUACAAAUGGACAACUUGCAAUUGCUGGCAACUGGCCAAACACAUUUCCAUCUAUCGAGGUUCUCACUCAACUGAUCAAACCCGCUAUCUCCGUGCCUCUUACAACCCCAUCUCGUCCCGGGUAUGCGGCAAAUCUGACCGAAAUUGCAAACCAAUAUCGAGCUCUUUUUCACGAAGAGCCUUCGACUACCAUGAAGUCACUCGAGAAUAAUCUGUUUGGCCCAUAUGCAACCCACUGCAUGUUCUAUGCAGGAACCAUGUACAACCAAGGCACCUUUCGAACCCCAACCGGUUCUCUUACACUGACAGCCCCAAAGAGCACCACCGUGCCCAAGACCAAACAUCUGAAAUGCCCUUCUCAUACCGACCUCAUAUUCACCCUCCGUCAACUCCACUAUUCGUAUCGGGCGUCAAGUGUCUCGGUCUGGGUACCGGCUGCUUGUAUUGCACGUUUUGAUCUGAGUGGAUAUCUCGGGACUCCAAAGGCAGCCAAAACGGUCCCCAAGGAUAUUGUCCAAGUCGUGACCCACUCUCCCUCGAUUGAAGCCGCUUCCGGAGUAGUACGACAACACCAUCGCAAAAGAGUUCGCUCGCCGUCAAUCGAGAUUGUGGAAUCAGAGACGUGGAGCCAGACCGCAGACCAAAGCAAACUCCCAGCUCUCGAAAAACUGAGCACCAAGGCCACGCCAAAGAAACACCGCCCUGCUCGUUAUCCCUCUUCAGACUCAGACAUUGUCAUUUUGUAG